AUGGAACCAAAUAAUCACUCUGAUUCGGUCCCCGAUCCGGAGCGAUUCGAUCCGUACAUGGAUGCGGAAACGAUAGUGCGUGCAAUCAAAGGAAUUAAUAAAGAUUUAGACGUUGUGAGUAACCUCCUGGUCAAACGGACUCUAAAUCAACGACAAGAAAUCCGUCGAGCUUUCAAAACGCGUUAUGGAAAAGAUCUUCUGACAUCUUUCGGUGAUGAACUAUACGGGGACUAUGAGUCAUUGGUAAAGAACCUAUUCCGAACACCCAUAGAGAUCUUGGCAAACGAUAUCUGUCGUGAACUGAAAAAGGUCGGGCGUAGUUCGGAUGAACUGACAGCUAUUUUGUGCUGUUGUAACAAUACAGAAAUUUAUUUGCUGAAAAACGCAUACGCUGCAAGUGCCCAUCAUCGUUCCCUGGAAACGGAUAUCCGGAAGGGAACAAAAGGAGCUUAUUGUCAACUUUUAGAGGAGAUUCUAAAAAGUGGAAGAUAUGAAGAAAGUCUGGAGGAACUGUCGGAGGCUCAAAGGGAAGGAAACAUCUAUAGGAUCGUGGAUCGAACCCUGGUGGACAAAGAUGUAAAAGAUUUACAUUUAGCCAUUAAUGAAAAGGGAUUCAAAGCGGACCCAAAAGUAUUGAUUUCUAUUUUAACCAAACGAAGCAAAGUGCAUAUCAAAGCAAUUUGGAGCGUCUACAUCGAGACCGACCUUUCACAACUUAAAGCAGACUAUGCUGCCUAUUUCGGUGAACAUUUGGUCAAGCACGUUCAGUCGGACACAUCCUUUGACUAUCGCAAAUUGCUCGAGCUCCUUUUGAAUCCGUAG